CCUACCGAGCGCACCCUCCUGAAACAGGGGAACUCCGUGCCACGUGACAAUGUUUACUUUACCGUGGACAAUCAAGCAGCUACCAGCUGCAGGAAAUGUUUCAUGACUCAUUGACAAACAUCUAAAUAAAGUGCCAAGUACAGCUGAACGAAAGAGAUGAGCAUCCCCCGGCAGACAGCCAUACAUCUAGUGACCACUUAUGAUCACAGUUUGGAGCAGCAAAUUGUGAGAGGAGGCUCUAGCCUGGCGUGUAGAGAUGAGGAGCUGUGGAAGCAGGUGGAGGAGCUGCUGAGGGACAGAGAUGCUCAGGAGACGCACUGCCUGGGUCUGGAUCCACUGAUGGUGAUGGAGGAGACACUCAAGGCCGAAGCAGCAUCAACAAAAGCAACUACAGCAGCCAGCGGGGGGCGAGUCAAAGCCAGAGGAGGGCUGCAAGGCCUGGGUAAAGCCUUUGAGGUCCUGGAACAAGCGGCUCUGAACCUGUACCUCGGCCCCUGGAGGGAGGAGUACAAAGUAAUCAAGAUGUACUCCGGCAUGUUCACACACCAUAUCAAACCAGUGUUGUCCAUGGCACAGAUUGAGAAACUGUUCGGCCUGCUAGGAUACCAACCCUGUUCCACACGGCGUGAGCAGCUUCGUCUCCAGUCCCCCAGAGUCAGUUCUGCCUUUUUGGACGACCUCCUCCGCUUGUCUUGUGCCUUCUUCCUGGCCCGCUGUGAGUGUCUCCUCCUUCUGACGGCUCUGGGGAAGCACGGCGGCGAGGCCCAGUGGGAGCUAGGUGUGGUCAGGGAGAGACAGAGAGGACUCAGCCUACAGGUUGCCCUGGACAACACCAAGAAGACACUGGAAGUCAAGCAACCACAGAGGGAGCCGUUUGACGGAGAAGUGGACAUGGAUCUGUACACAGAUGAGCAUAUUAAUGGGGGGCAGAAAGAGGUGGUUGUCAAUGAUGAUGAGAGUCCCCGCUCCUUAACGUGGGUGAGCAGUGUGUCAACCCCUGCUGUCAAAACACACAGCAAUGGAGUGACACCCGGCUCCCUGUCCACUAGAGAGAACGUCUGCAUCUCUACAUUCGACUGCCCGCUACCCAACAAGUCCCCUCUGGAAUCGGACCAUACUGGAAACUCCUCGUCCAGCACGAGGCAAAGCAGAGGUCCCGGUGAGGAGACGAAGUUGGACAAAGCCGACUUGCAGUCACGCAGUCUGCAUGUAGGAGCGAUGGGAAUGUGCAGUAAUGAGGCUGAAGCCAACCACUCCUGCAGAUGUCUCCAAUCUCCAGAGCUUUGUCUCACACAAUGUUUGGAAUGCAACACCAUACACAAUGUCACCUGUCGUUGGUUUCAGGAUUGCUACAUGCAGGGCCACAAUGUGCUGCUCCCUGAGCAGAUGCAAGAAUCGGCAGGAGUGGCACCUCAGGGUGGGAGCCUCAGAGCGGGAGCUUUGAGUGCAUCACCAACUCUGAGCAGCAGCAGUGCAGCAAUGUCCUCCUUAGCUCUGUGUGACGACCCUAAAUCAAUGAGCCCAGCUCAACAUCCACUCAGCUACCAUAACUGCUGUGACCUCACCCACCUGAACCCCCGGGUUCUGUGUCUCAGCUGUGGCGUCUUCCACUCUGAUCGCUGUAGAGAGAUUGAGUUCUGUCAAACUAAACACAUAAUCAAAGAACUAGGCGUGUGCUCCUGUGGGAGGGCUUGUUCAAGAAAGCCUCUGGUUCUGUGCAGAUAUUGUGGAAAUGAGUAUUGUAAUCCCUGUUGGUACAGAAAUCCUGUUGUUUGCACCUGUGGCCAAACUUUUGACCAGUCAUCCUCUGUGUGAUUUGUGUUUGAAAAUAAUUGCACUAAUGAGGCACAGCUAUCAAAAUCACAGUGCCUUAAAUCUGCAUAGUGGAAAUAGAAAUCUUUUCCGAUUGAAGUACAACAAAUCAGAAGCUCAAAUGUUGCCUUGAUACAGUACUGAAAUGCAGUAUUGACUGAGCACCACUUUUUCUAUUUGGGUCUUCUUUCUGAAACCCUCAGUUACUCUCAUUUGCUUAUUCUGUAAGUGGCCAUAUUUACCAUGAUUACAUUUGUAAAAUCAUUGUUUAUUGUGGACAUGAGAAGUUGUGAUUACAGUUUGUGCUCUUGGGUCACUUAAAUGUAACUCGGUGCCAAGCACAAGGAAAUCUGUUCUCAGCUGUAUUUGCCUGCACAGACUGGAGUAAAAAAGGGUCGAUAUGCCA